UAGAGCCCCAUGCCCCUCUCCCACACCUUCUCUUUAGGACUGGAUGGGUUGUCUGAGCGCUGUGCCCAGUACAAGAAGGAUGGAGCUGACUUUGCCAAGUGGCGCUGUGUACUGAAGAUUGGAGAACACACUCCCUCAGCCCUUGCUAUCAUGGAAAAUGCCAACGUUCUGGCCCGUUAUGCCAGCAUCUGCCAGCAGAAUGGCAUCGUGCCCAUCGUGGAGCCUGAGAUUCUCCCUGAUGGGGACCAUGACUUGAAGCGCUGUCAAUAUGUCACUGAGAAGGUGCUGGCUGCUGUCUACAAGGCUCUGAGUGACCACCAUAUCUACCUGGAAGGCACUUUGCUGAAGCCCAACAUGGUCACCCCAGGCCAUGCCUGCACCCAGAAGUAUUCCCAUGAGGAGAUUGCCAUGGCAACUGUCACUGCGUUGCGCCGCACAGUGCCCCCCGCUGUCACUGGUGAGCCCACCCCCUCUCCUUGGCCUCAGGGAAGUAGAUGAACUAAACCCACACACCUGGGUCUCUGACUAA